AUGGGUCAGAAUGUGUGCUUCAAGUGCGGACGACCCAGACACUUUGUCAAGGAGUGCCCACAAGGUGUUGAUAGCAUGGGGGGACCUCAGGCUCAAAGUAGGGUGUUUACCCUCAAUCAGGAAGAGGCUUGUAAGUCACUCGAGAUAAUCCAAGGUACGGUUACUGUGAAUGACUACCUUGUGGAUGGUUUGUUUGACUCGGGUGCUAGCUACUCAUUUAUAUCAUAUGAUUGUGCUAAGCAAUUAGGUCUUGCUGUCGACACAUUACUAUAUGAUUUGUGUGUUUCCACUCCCACUGGAAUGAAAAUUUCAACUUCUACUGUUUGUUUAAACUGCAUUAUCCGGUAUGCCCACUGUUACGCUAUGUUAGACCUAAUAUACAUGCCUUCUAUGAUAUUGAUGUUAUCCUUGGUUUGA